AUGAAUCAGUUGGUAUUGAAAAGCAUACUUGAUCCCAUCAAGUUCACGCCAUUCACUCUACCAGACCGCGCCUAUAAAGACUUCAUGGGCUCUUUCCUGCCAACCAGCAGCGCACGCACGAGGACCCAACAGAGUGGAAUACUAUAUCAUCAGGCAGCACCAUCGAAACUCCGGAAACCAAUGCUCCAUCCAAUGUUAUCCUAUGCUAAGGUGUUGCAAGGUAUUGACAGGAGCGAAGUCUUGAUGUUGCCAAGGAUGACUUCCAACAACCCUCCCGCAAACCCUCGCGCGCCCAAUCAUCAUCAACAACACGAAGAUGACACAACCGAGGGGCGCGCCACCAUCUGGCAAGAAAAGAAUGUCUCUGUGGCAGAGAUAAACAACAAGGGAAAGUCCAAGCUGAAUGCCAAAGCCAACAGCUUCCGCUCGGAUUCUUCUGAUGUGAAGCCUACCAACGGCUCUUCGAGCUCAGAGCUCAGCCAAAGCUGUCAAGGCGACCACGAGAACUGUGCUCUGACGCCGUCUUCACACGCCCAGCAACCUCCGAGGGACUAUCUCGCAGCUGACAAAGCUCCUGUCUUCGACCCAGCACUUAUGGUUGCGCAGAGUGCCUACAAGUAUAAACAGAACCGUCGGAAGACGGGGCAGUCAUCUGGUCAAAAGGAGGUUGAGGAACCUGCGGAGACGAAGUCAGCAAAUUGUGUGGUUGUCUGGCGGGGUGACAGCGUGGUAUAUUUGCCGCCACCAAGUCCGGAUCAAACAGUUAAUUCACAGGAUACGAAGGAUUGA